AAGUGUGUCUUUUCUAGAAGCUUCCGAUUCUUCAUUUCGCAGGUCAAUCUCUCUCUGUAUGCUUGGAUUUCUCUCAUGCAUGUGCUCUUCAUUGUGUUUUCUAUCAGCUUGCUUGCAUAUUAGGGCUUUCUGUAAUGUAUGCUUCAAUGUUUCAAUGCUGCUCAAUAUGAAUACUCUAUGGCCCUUUUUCAGUGUGGGAAAGUUGUUGCAUCAUGUUAAUCUGAAUGCUUUGGUUUGUUAUAGCUUUUGCGUCUUUUUUAUUAAUUUAUUUAUUUACUUGCGAUGGUUCCAGGCUCUGUGUGUGUUCAUGCUAGGUUCUUACUACUAUAUUUCCAGUUUCAUAUUUGAAGGAACCUUCUAAUUUCAAGAGAAACUGUAAUGGCUCACAGCAGUUCUGAGAAUGAUACUGAUAUUAGUGAAUCUGAAAUUAGUGAGUAUAAAGAUAAAACUUAUCAAGAGCUGAAAAGUGGAAGUCAGAAAGUGAAAAACUUGGAUGAGACUUUCACUUGUCCCUACUGCCCUAAAAGGAGAAAAAGAGAUGAUUAUUCAUACAAGGAACUCCUUCAACAUGCUUCUGGGGUGGGUCGGAGUAGCUCAAAGAAGAGAAAGGCAAGAGACAAGGCUAAUCAUUUGGCUUUGGUGAAGUAUUUGGAGAAAGAUCUUGUGAGUGUAGAUAUUCCAGCCGAAGUUUCAAAACCGGAAGAUGAAAGUGGUACUUCUGUUAAUUCUGAUGAGCAAUUUGUGUGGCCUUGGAUUGGAAUUGUAGUUAAUAUUCCAACUAGAUUGACAGGAGAUGGACACAGUGUUGGGGAGAGUGGUACCGGGCUGAGGGACGAGUACAAAAGCAGGGGUUUCAAUCCGGUUCGAGUCACUCCUUUGUGGAAUUUCCGGGGUCACUCUGGAAUUGCUCUUGUGGAAUUCAACAAAGACUGGUCAGGCUUGGAUAAUGCGUUGGCAUUUGAAAGGGAAUAUGAAUUAGAUCAUCAUGGGAAAAAGGACUGGUUUGCAAAUUCUGAGCAGAAGUCUGGCCUUUAUGCAUGGGUCGCCCGAGCAGAUGACCACGGAAUGAAAAAUAUCUAUGGAGAACAUCUACAAAAGAUGUGCGAUGUCAAAACCAUAUCUCAACUUAUGGAAGAAGAAGCUCGAAGGCAGGAUAAACUUGUCUCCACUUUGACUAAUGUUAUUCAGGUCAAGAACCAGCACAUAAAAGAGAUUGAAGUGAAAUGCCAUGAGACUACGCAUAAAAUGGACCUUGCUAUGAUGGAAAAAGAUAAACUUAUUCAAGCUUAUAAUGCAGAGAUAAAGAAAAUACAGUCAAGUGCCACGGAUCACCUCAAGAAGAUUUUUACUGAUCAUGAAAAGCUUAAAUUGCAACUGAAAUCUCAGAAAAACGAGCUUGAGCUGCGGAAAGUUGAAUUGGAAAAACGUGAGGCACAUAAUGAAAGUGAAAGAAAAAAGUUGACAAAAGAAAUCAUGGAGAAUGCAAUGAAAAAUAGCUCUCUUCAGAUGGCUACUCUGGAGCAAAAGAAAGCUGAUGAAAAUGUUAUGAAACUGGCUGAAGAUCAAAAGAGACAAAAAGAACAACUUCAUGCUAAAAUCAUUCAGCUUCAAAAACAACUUGAUAAGAAACAAGAGCUUGAGUUGGAGAUUCAGCAAUUAAAAGGAUCAUUAAAUGUGUUGAAGCACAUGGAUGAUUAUGAAGAUGCAGAAGUUCUGAAGAAGGUAGAUACUUUACAAAAGGAUUUAAGAGACAAGGAACAGUCACUCCAAGACUUAGAUGAAUUGAACCAAGCACUAAUCAUUAAAGAGCGUGAGAGUAAUGAUGAGCUGCAGGAAGCUAGACAAGCAUUGGUUGAUGGUAUUAAAGAGCUAUCAUCUCAUGGCAAUAUUUGUUUGAAGAGAAUGGGGGAACUGGACACUAGACCAUUCCUUGAAGCAAUGAAGAAAAGAUAUAAUGAGGAGGAAGCUGAAGAGAGAACUGCAGAUAUGUGCUCAUUGUGGGAAGAGCUUCUAAGGAACCCAGAUUGGCAUCCAUUCAAAGUUAUCAUGGUUGAAGGGAAAGAAAAGGAAAUCAUUAGAGAUGACGAUGAAAAGCUGAAUGAGUUGAAAAAUGACUUGGGUGAAGGGGCAUAUAAAGCAGUGGUACAAGCAUUGUUAGAGAUAAAUGAACAUAAUCCUAGUGGGCGAUACUUAACCUCCGUAGUAUGGAACUAUAAAGAAAAAAGGAGAGCAACGCUGAAAGAAGGAGUACAUUUUCUGUUGAAUCAAUGGAUAGUUCGUAAACGCAAGAGAGGAAUGACCUGAAGCUUUGUGGAUAAUAACUGUGAUAGGUUACUGCAUUUGUCUUUUGAACUUUAUAGCUAUAGGUAAAUCUUAGAAAGAAAAAGAUUUUAAAAGCUAUUAGUAUAUGUAGUUAUAAGUGUUAAUGGAUUUUAACAACCACCUAGAAGUUAGCCUUUGUAUACUCUGGUGUGGAAGAAGACAUUGAAGUUAUACUUGUAUGACCUAUCAAAUUGGCUUUAAUUUUAGCAUGUUACUUUGAGUAA